AUGUGAAUUUGUAUCAGAAUUUUGCUUUCCUUAAUUAUUCUUACUGAAAGCUUGAAAUCAAUAAAAAUACCAAGAACUGAUACUCCUCCAAAUACAAGAAAAUUUUCAUCAUCUACUUAUGACAAAAUUCAUAACCGAAUGAUUAUUUUUGCUGGCUCUUCAGACCAAAGGGAGUAUUACAAUGACAUUUGAUGCUAUCAAUUUAAUAGCUCUGAAUGAUUGCAACUAAACCCAGCAACACCUAUUUUUCCAGCUCCACGCAUCAGCCCAGCUCUUUUUUAUGAUCAAAAUGAAAAUCGUAUAUUUAUAUUUGGGGGAAAAACCUACCUAGGUAUCGCAUCAGAUUUUUGAAGCUUCAAUUUAGAUUAUUUUAUUGUAAGUUUUAUAUAGUGGGAGCAGAUAUCUUUAAAAGGGUCAACAAUUAGCCCAACAUCAUUUGCCGCUUAUUGUUCCUUUGUUUGAAAUAAUAAACAUUAUCAUGCAAUAUUUGGAGGUGAAUCUACUGACUCUGUGCAUACUCGAUUAUACUUGUAAUUAUGAUUUAGACUUGAAUUUGAAAACUUGACUAGUUCGCUUAUGCCAAAUAAUGGAAACCCUCCUACUACAACACAAAAUCAAAUGGCUUUUUAUAAGGAUUCUAUUUACAUAUGAGGAGGAUCUGGAAAUAAAUUUUUAUAUGACACAGAUCUCUAUGCUUAUAACUUAACUUCUCAGGAAUGGAAUAUUAUUAAAAUAGAUGGAAGCAUUCCUUCAGGAAGAAUUUUUCAUUCCAUCGGAGUGUAUUCUAUUUUUUUAUACAUUUUCCCCGGGUUUAAUUAUAAUUACGACCAUGACGUAGUAGACAUAUGAAGAAUUAAUUUAAAUAGUCUAAAAAACUGAGAGUUAGUAAAUUACACCUCAAAUUCUGAUACAAUUCCAAGAGGAUCUGCUAUAAGCAUUUUUGUUGACUCUAUGGUAUAUCAAUUUAGUGGAUCCACCAUAACAAAUGACUUGAUUUCUAUUGAUUUAUCUUUAUCCACCCCUCAUUUUACUACAAUUUCUGCUAAUUGAGUUUCUCCCCCUGCAAGGAUGCGGUUUUCAAUGGCUUUAGUGAAUACAAAUAUUGUUGUUUUUGGAGGGAUGGGAAAUAAUGGAGAGCUGUAAUUUUCAAUUAGAUAUAAUGACUUAUGAGUGUUUGACUUAAGAAAAGAAACUUGGAAGUCUAUUGAAUCUUCAGGGCUACCAUCAGCAAGAUCAGGGCAAGCUACAGCCCAAAGUUUAUUUGGCAUGGCUAUAUUUGGAGGUGAAAAUAAUAAUGGCUUGCUCAAUGACUUUUAUAUUUUUUCACUCGCAUUGCAAACAUGAUUUUCAAUUUCUAUUUCUUCUACAAAUUAUCCUAGUCCUAGAAAAGGAGCCUGCAUGUACUUUAUUGAUCUCUAUAUCAUUUUAUUUGGAGGGAUUACAAAAUCAGGCACAGUUAAUGACGUAUGAAUGUUCAAUAUAUAUGAAUUAACUUGAACGGAAUUAACACCUUAUGAUAGCAAAGCUCCUCCUCUUGCAUGGCACCAAUGCAUUGUUGAAGAUAAAGAUGAAGGCUAUAAUUAUUAUGCCUUUUUUGGACAGCUUAGUGAUGGAAUGCCUAAUCGAUACUUAUAUAGAUUUAAUAUUGCUUCUCGGGAUUGGAUAUCUAUCACUUCUUUUGGUGAUGAAGUUGGCAUAUCUCCAAGUGAAGCGACAGCAACUCUUUUUCCAAAUUAUAUCAUCAUAAUUGGUGGAGAAUUUGGUGAUUAUUAUGUCUCUGAUUUGAUUACUGCUUUUAGUAUUAAAAAUUUUACAGUUGUAUCUAAAGAAUCAAUGGGAAUCCGCUUAUUUGCUCAUCAGUCUGUAUAUUUUACUGAUAAACUCUACAUAUUUGGGGGAGGUUUGGCAAUAAAUACCCUGCUUACUGGAAGAUUGACUUCUUCCACAUUAUAUAAAAUAAGUUUUGAAGACUCAGCUAUUGAAUAUCCAUGCAGUUUAGGAUCAUAUAAAAAUAAUUCUGAGUGUGUAAUAUGCCAGCCUGGCAGUUAUUCAUCAAAUUAUGACUCUUCUGAAUGCACAAAAUGUCCUGCGGGAAUUUUUCUUAACAGAUAUGGAGCUCAAGCUCAAUCUUUAUGCAUCCCAUGCCUCUCUGGAAGCUAUUCUGAUAAUCCUGGGGCAAUUUUAUGCAAGAAUUGCCCGGCUGGGAUGCAUUGUGAAAUUGGUAGCACGAAUCCAAUUCCUGAAUAUUUUUUAUUAUCUACGUCUUCAAAGCAGCCAUCUUCUUAUAAAGGAGGAACUGGGACUGUGAACUAUUGGACGACAGUUUUUGAAAUUAUAAUUGGUGUUUUUAUUUUUCUUUUAAUUUUAUGCUCAAUACUUAACAGACCAUUUUGAAACGCAAUUGCAAAAGCUGAUAUGUUUGAUACUCAGCAUAAUAAAGAUAAUGAGCCGAUGUGAAAAAGAAAGACAUCAAUUGGAGGAUUUUUCUCAAUAGUUGGCAAAUUUUGAGCGUUUUUUCUAGUACUUUUGUUGGUUCUGCAAAGAAUUUAUGACAAUAUUACAGAAACAACGUCCCUGAUACCUAUACUUAAUCUUGCACAAGAAGCAGGAACAAUAUCAGCAGACAUAUUGGUAGUGGUGACGCUAUAUAAUUAUGGAGGAUCUUGUGCACAAAAUGGAGCUUGUGUAAAUGGAGUAUCAUUAUCUUGAGAUAAUACUGUUAAUGAUUAUACUACUUUACACUGUGAACUUAUAGACAAAAAUUGUUUUAUUUUUUCAACUUGCAAAUCCUGCAGCUUAUCUUCAAGUUCAUAUAUGAAAUUGGGAUUAUCUGAGAGCAAUAGUUAUGCGAGCUAUUUUUCAGUGAAUGUAACUUCAGAUUCUUCAAUUCCAGGAGAAUCAAGCUCUUAUGAGACUAAUAUAUAUCCUCCCAAAGGCUAUUUUUUUAUUGGAUCAGAUCCUACUUCUGUUACUUUUAUUAUGACUUCUAGUGUAAUGUAUAUGUAGCUGUUUUUAUCUGAUUCAUCAGCAUGAAAAAAUAAUCAGACUGGAUAUUUAGUUUCGUUUGGAAGCACAGUGCUUGGGUCAACGAAAACGGCUGAAAUGAUGACUUUUAACAGAUACUUCAGCAUUCUUAUCAAUUUCAACAUCGAUCUUUCAGGGUUGUUAAUAGUAAGAACGAUCACUAUGGAUUUUUUGCUUUUUUUAAGCAGUGCUUUCGGGGCAGUUAGUGGACUGUUAGGAUUUGUUGGAUGAUCUAUGGAAAAUUUUGAGGGGUUUUGCGAUGAAAAAAAAGAAAAACUGCAAAAAAAGAAUGAAAAUCGAAAACUAGUCAAAAAGGGCUCUAAGUUUGUUGCAAUUUUCCAAAAGCUGUAUAAUUAUAAAAAUAUUAGUAAAGAAUCUACGAUUGAUUUUGAAAGUCGACAUCUUGCAGAUAAUAAUGCUGAAUACAAUUGCAAUGGAUUUUCAUUAUUUUAA